AUGGAGAAGGUGAAGAAGGAGGGCAGUUUAUCCAAGAAUGACAAGGAUGAUUUGUCAAAACAGAUGGAGAAGGUGGAGGAGGAGGGCAGUUUAUCCAAGAAUAACAAGGUCAAUUCAUCAAAACAGAUGGAGAAGGUGGAGGAGGAGGUGCAAACAAUGCCAAAGGGCCAGAUGGUACUGAUGAAUGUGCAGGGUGGUUUAUCCAGCUUGAAUGAUGAGGCAGCAGACCCUGAGUUAUGGCUGGAGAAGAAACUGAGGUUCCCAAGGGAGCAGCAGACAACAUCAGAGGUAGAGGGAAUAAUAUCUCAGGACUCAGAAAGCUGUCAAUGUUAUCCAGCCCCCAUUUGCAUCUCUAAUUGCCAUGCACUAGUCCUAGAGGAUGGGACAGCAAGCCUGGAAGUAUGGCACAGGCUCGUACCUCAGGGAUUUGUCCAUUAG